UAAAUUCCCCACCAAUCUUACUCACUUUUUGUCCUAAACUCCAUCUAUCUAUCUCUGUAUCUGCUCUGGUCUUCCAAUUAAUCUCUAAGUCUGCAGAUAAUAACAUCAAACAGCAGCUAGCUAGCUAGCCAUGGGAAGAUCUCCCUGCUGUGAGAAGGAAUACACAAACAAAGGGGCUUGGACCAAGGAAGAAGAUGACCGCCUCAUCAGGUAUAUCAACAAACACGGUGAGGGUUGUUGGAGAACUCUUCCUAAAGCUGCAGGGUUGCUUAGAUGUGGCAAGAGCUGCAGAUUGCGAUGGAUAAACUACCUGAGGCCGGAUCUUAAACGAGGGAACUUCACUGAAGAAGAAGAUGAACUCAUCAUUAACCUCCACAGCUUGCUUGGAAAUAAAUGGUCUCUAAUCGCCGCUCGUUUGCCGGGAAGAACUGAUAACGAGAUCAAGAAUUACUGGAACACCCACAUCAAAAGGAAGCUCCUCAGCCGCGGGAUCGAUCCCCAAACCCACCGUUCGCUCAUCACCUCCGCCAAACCCACCGUCACUCCACAACAGCCCUCGCCAACCACCAGCAGCGGCGGACUAUCAUCAUCAUCGUCGGAAGAAACCACAUAUCACCUAAACCUGGAGCUCUCCAUCAGCCUUCCCCAACCGGCCGAUCGAGGAGGAGCAUUCCAAUUCCGGAACGUGGCACGCGGUGAUCUGUCUGUGUCACAAAUUAGGGUUUCAGAGUGGAAAUGCAUGUAACUGUACAAAAACUACGCUGCCCGUGACGGAAUGCAAACAUUUUUCACACCCUUGAGUUUAUGAUAAUAAAUUAUAUAUG